AUGCUCUUCUACCGGCCGACGUAUAAGACCCAGCAGCUUCCACGCCCAACAGAACCAGAUUCAACAGCCGUCUGCGACUCGCUCCAGCUCCACGUGACCAUGAAGACCCACCACUUCAGCCCCCUCCUGCUCAUCUUCCUCUUCUGCUCUAAGACGCUGGCGUCCUCUAGCUCAGACUCAGAACGCACAGUGUCCAAUCCAGGCCUUCCCGUCCGUCCUUCUUCGCCGCUGACUUCGCCCACCACUCCUACCUCUGGCCCGUCCCUCACCCGAUUUGUUCGUUUUGAUGACAUCGUCCAGCGCCCAGCGCAAGCGGCCCAAACGGCCCAUCCGACCCAGCCAGCCCAACCAACGCGCCCAACCCAAGUCCUUCAGUCAGCACAAUUGGUCCGCCCGGCUCGCCCCAGCUUCUUCUUUGCAAAGAAGAGACCAGAUCCCAAUUCCCUAUCAGCGCAGCUGGAGCGCUCGCGCGCCUACUACAGGAAAGAAGAGCAAGAGAAGAGCGCCAAAGCGCCGCCAGUCGUUCUUUCCAAGGAGGCACGACGCCAGGAGGCGAUGAAACUCUACCUCCGCAAGAAGAAGAGUCGUGCAAAGGCUGCCGGGACUUGUGCUGUCACUCCCAUCCGUCCUACCUCUCACUUUCCCUUGACCUCAGAGGGACAUCCAAUCUUCGGACCUCAACCUUACAAGCCGAGAAAAGGCAGUAAAGCCAAGAGCCAGGGCAGCAAUGGUGGUGGUCGCAGCGACGGCGAGUGGACUCCUGCUGGCGAUGGCACAAUGGUAAACCAGAAGAACCAGAGCAAGACAAUGGGCGAGGGCAAAGAAAGUGCGGCGUACAAGAUCAAGGGCAAGGGCAAGGCAAGCGGGUAACCUCGGUCAUACUGCGCUUCCCUUGCAUCCGAAAGCAUAAGGCCUUGGACCGCCUGCAGCUUCCUAUUGCGUCGUGUGGGUGAGACUCCAGAUGAUCAGAACGUGAAAGACAAAG